AUGGAUAACUCGCCGGCCAAAGAGCCUGUCGAACGCGACGCGACAGCACACCAUGGAGUACACGAGCCUGACAUGAGCCACGAUCAGGCCCUGAAUGGGGAGAAGAAGAGGGAUCUCGAGGGCGGCAAUGCCUCGGAAGGCACUGAAGAGCCUCCUGCGGCGGCUGCAGAUGACUACCCGGCAGGCCUGACACUGGCUCUAAUUGUUGUGGCGCUGGCCAUGAGCAUGUUUCUUGUUGCUUUGGACAUGACAAUUAUCGCGACCGCUGUUCCCAAGAUCACCGACGACUUCCACAGCCUCGAGGACAUUGCUUGGUACGGCUCAGCCUUUUUCGUUACUUCCGGCGGCUUCCAGUCCUCGUGGGGCAAGGCUUUCAAGUACUUCUCCCUCAAGUACACAUACCUCGCCGCCAUCUUCAUCUUUGAGCUAGGCAGUCUCAUUUGCGGUGUGGCACCUACCUCAACGGCUCUCGUGGUUGGUCGAGCUAUCGCCGGUGUCGGUGCAGCCGGUGUCAGCUCUGGAACCUACACGCUCAUCGCCUUUGCCGCCCGUCCCGAGAAGCGCCCUGUUUUCGUCGGCAUCUUUGGGCUCUGUUUUGGCAUCGCCUCCGUGGUCGGCCCCCUGAUCGGUGGUGCCUUCACCGACAAUGUUACCUGGCGCUGGUGCUUUUACAUCAACCUGCCCAUCGGCGGUCUGUCAGCCUUCCUGGUCUUUCUCUUCUACCGCACGCCAGCGUGGGCCAAGCCCGCCGAAGCCACCUGGCGCGAGAAGUUUCUCCAGAUGGAUCCCGUGGGCACGGUGCUGGCUCUGGGCGCGAUCAUCGCCUACAUCCUGGCCAUGCAGUACGGCGGCCAGACCAUGCCUUGGUCCUCCUCGACAGUGAUCGGCCUGCUGGUGGGAUUUGUCGUCAUCACGGCCGUGUUCAUCGGCUGGGAGAUGUACGCCGGAGAGCGAGCCAUGAUGCCUCCCCGUCUGAUGAAGACGCGCGUCUUGUGGUUCAACGCGACCUGGGCCUUCCUCAUGAUCGGCGCUUACUUCGCCACCGUGUACUACCUGCCCGUCUACUUCCAGAGCAUCGACAACCUGAGCCCGACUGGGUCCGGAGUGCGCAGCUUGCCGCUGAUUCUGACCACCAGUGUUGCCAUUAUCAUCCUGGGAAUGACGGUCAAGUACUUCGCCGCCCGCACGAUCUACGUCAUGGGCUUCUGCGCGGCUGUCGCCGCCGUUGCGAUUGGCUUGAUGAUUACCUUUGACAUCGGCACCUCGCUCGGCAAGCAGGUCGGGUACCAGCUUCUUGCCGGCUUCGCGCUCGGCUUCCCUUUCCAGCUGCCUGUCAUCAAUGCUCAGACCCAGUCCAAGCCGGAGGACCUUGCCAUCGUCACUGCCAUCGUCAUCUUCUCCGAGACAAUUGCCGGCGCCAUCCUCCUCUCAGCUGCGCAAUGCGCGUUCGUCAACCAGAUGCUCAAGAGCAUCGUCCACACCGCCCCCGAAGUCGAGCCAGCCAAGCUCAUCGUGACCGGCGUUUCCGAGAUCCGCGACGUGUUCCCGCCCGAGCAGAUCCCCGGCAUUCUGCUCGCGUACAUGGACGGCCUGCGCAUCCCCUUUGCCAUCGCGACGGCGACUGCUGGUGCGGCUUUCGUUCUGGCCUGCGUCGUCCUCGUUCUUCCUAACCGCACCGGUAAGACGGCUACUGCGGCCGGACUCGAGUCUAGCAGCGCCUCGGAGGCGACCAAAGAGGAGCCAUCAAGUUCCAACUGA